CGCCGAGGGAUUCGAAAGCGCAAGGCGUUUUAAAAAUAUUGCAGAUCUGAACUUAAAUCGUCGUCAUGGGCGUGGCUGUGCUGCCUGCCAUACGAACUGUCAUCCAUUGACCAAUGUCAGGCUCCACAACCUUAACCCAGCCCGCAGUCAACCAUCAAUGAAGCAGGUCAAAAACUUUUGUUGUUGAGCUCCAAAAAUUGGCGGGGUCCAUGCACAUCAAAAGUGUUACGUGCCUAGCUACUAUAAACUACGUAACGUUUUGUCCAGACCUCGUCACCUAUUCGCACGCAUCUCACCUCACCUCCUGUUCUUCAAGAGCGAUGGCCGCCCCCCUUUCCGGAAAGGAGAGUCCCUCAACAAAAGAUACUCCAACCAUGGCGACUAAAGCGGAUACCACGGAGAAAAGCGCUCGCAGUUCUCACUCUCCCACGCCGCUCCCGCUCUCAAGAACUUGCCAGAAUUGUGCACAUGCCAAGAUAAAAUGUACCCGUUUGAACCACCCGCAUAUAUGUGACAGAUGCCAUCGCCUGAGUAAGGAGUGCGUAUUUAGACAGGCCAGGCGGCGACACAAUGGCAGCAAGAAAGAUGUUCGCAUAGAAGCUCUCGAAGCCAAGGUUAACCAGCUUCUGGGUGCUACAUCCCAGGGUGCUACUUCCCAACCGGCCAAGUCUACUCCGCCAGGGCAGGUAACCUUUGACUUUGGACUUGAGGGCCCAACACCAGCAGUUAGCUCUGGGAUGGGCAGAGAUGUGAUUGACGACGGGUGGCUCGACAUGGAGGCUGCGAGCCGAUAUCUCGAAAUGUUCAGAACGGUUAUGGUUCACCGAUUUCCUUUUGUAGUCAUAUCUCCAAGCGUGACCGCUCAAGGGCUUCGCGAGACGAAGCCGUUUCUAUUUCUUACGGUGCUUGCAGCGGCCUCAUACGAGAAUAUGCCACUACAGCGGCGGCUUGGUGGUGAGAUUAAGCAUGUUGUGAGUAGUAGGAUGAUUUUUGGUGGAGAAGCUUCAAUUGAGCUUCUUCAAGGCCUUCUGAUCUAUCUUGCUUGGAACCACUAUUAUAGCCGGCCACGCGUAUAUUCCCAAUUUCUCCAGCUUGCCAUUAGCAUCGUAGUUGAUCUAAGACUCAAUCGACCACCGCCGAGCGGUCCACCCAAGGUUGGGCUGACGAUCGAUUUAGAUGUUGGUGCCAAGCCGAAUUACCCAAUAUCCUGGAGCCAAGAUGAGAGGAGAGCUGUUGCCGGUUGCUUUUAUCUUACCUCGAGCAUAGCUACUAUGUUACAAAAGACGUCGACAUUCCCGUUUUCUGCUCAUAUUGACGAUUUCUGCAAGACUCUUCGGGAUGAGGCAGCCUGCCCAACCGAUAAGUAUGUUCUAUAUGUUGUGCGAUUGCAAGCAAUUGCGGAAAAGAUAGACCGUCUGUAUUCUCAGCGAGUCUCCGAGUUGAACCCUGAGUCUACUAUCGAGCUAUUUGUUAAACAGCUGCAAACCGAGCUUGAGCUAUUCAGAGAACGCCUGCCGUUUGACAUGGCCGAAAGUUAUUUAUUAGCGAUGCAAUACCACGCUGUGGAGCUGAACCUUUAUCAGAUAGCCCUCCUCGAUAGAGGCGCGGAAUCAGAAAUUCCCCGAUUUAUGUCGUCAUCCACGUGGCGACUUGAUAUCUUAUGCGCCGGUUUAAUAUCGGCCAAGUCACUGCUUUCCUAUUUUAUUUCGCUCCCAGGACGCACCCAGCUGGCAAUGUCCAAUUCAGAGUGGAUUCAAAUCGGCGUCGCUAUGGUUGUCGCGUCAAAGCUAUCUGUUGCAGCUCGCGGACCAACAGCUUCGCGUGAUACCCUGGCCCUCCGCGACUCUCUCGACAUGCUGAGAUUUGUGAAGGAAGCAGUGGCAGUUGUGAGCCAAUUAGUGACCCAGGUUGUGGAUGCUGACGGGCGCCGUGAUAUUUUCUACGAUUACUGGAAGCGCGGCAAGCUUAUUCAGAGCUGGUACGAGAAGCAUUCCCCGAGACCCGCUAGCUUACCAUUACCACCGGCAGGCUUCAAUGGCUAUUAUGGUGACGGAAGCCAGCCGAGUUCAGCCAGUUACACUCCACAAAUACCACAACAGAUGGAUGAUUUCUUCGGCAUCGACAUGGGAGCUGCAAACCUCGAUAACCUGCUGCAAGCGGAAAUGGAAGAUAUCCAAUUGGAGGGUUACGUUCCUGAAAUGUCCAUAGAUGGUAUCAUGGCAGAUUGGAUGUCAUAUCCAUUGCUCCCAUUUUGAGGCAUUGCUGGACGCGUUUUUCGAAAUAAAAACAGAUUUAGACAGCACAGAGACAACCUCCCCCACUCUGGCCUUCGUUGUUGUUGCAGUCAGCUUAUAUAUAGUAAGCGCUAGAGCGAGCACUUUUGUGACGGAUUACGCAAAAGGCAACGAAUGAGCGCGGCCCCGAUUAAAAUUGAGGUGUAGCGAGAGACGAACUACGAAAUUGUUGAAUCCUACGAUUGUGACAUGGCACGACCCCACUUGUGUCAGUUUGCUCAUAGGGCAACGAAUGGGGCAGGAUCACUACUAGUUGGGGCUUGACACGAAGCUACGAGAUUAAGGAUCCUACGGUUGAGACAUGACAGGCGCUGUGGGGGGACAGAGGAAUCCAGGAUCGGAUUUAGGAUGAUAUGUAUUUGCAUUUAUGCGCUUCUACACCUAUAAGAAAGCCUAAUUCAGGUUGUGAUAUAAAAAUGUUAUUUGCAAAACACCGAAGGGACCGAGUACGCCAAUUAACUCCAGUUACAUAGAUACCGUCAC